AGUUCUAGACAAUUGAGGGUUUGGAAUAUAGACAGUGCUACUUGAGUCCUUGGAGGUCAACACUGACAGUUGUAGACUAGUUGAGGGUUUUUUGGUGUACAUAGACAGAAAAAAAUGUUGUCUAUGUAGAAAGUGCUAGUUGAGGGUUUGGUGAUCUAUAGACUGUGCUAGUUGAGGGUUUGGAGGUCCUGUCUGGUGAGGGAUGUAUUCCCUGAGAGAGGUGAACCCCAUGGUGAGAGGGAUCAGAAUCUCACCACAGAGGGCGCUACAGAAACGUUCAGAACAGAUCACUGCACUACUCCAACAGGGAGAGCAGAAACCAUUCAAGGAAGUUAUUGACAUUAGCUCAUGUGAUUCACACAGGACCGGGAUAAAACCAAUCUCCUUUGUGCGACAGGUCCUGUCGGUCUGUCUGUACCCUGAACUCCUGCAUGAUGACACACUUCCUGGGGAUGUCAGGCAGAGAGCCCAGAGGCUGCUGGGGGAGUGUGAUGGGGGCAGUGUGGGUUCAUACACAGACUCCUGUGGGCUGCCUCAUGUUCAGCGCAGCGUUGCAGAGUUCAUCACUGGUCGAGACGGAGGAGUGCCUUCCUAUCCCCGCAACAUCUUCAUCUCUGCUGGCUCACAGACAGCUCUGAAAGUGAUGGUAAAGCUGUUGGUGAGAGGGGAGGGUGUGUCCCAAACGGGUGUGUUGAUCCCCCAGCCCUGCCCCCACACCCUGCCCAUGCUGCUGGAGGAGGUAGGGGUUGUCCUGGUGCCCUACCAGCUGAGAGAGGAGCAGGGCUGGGCCCUGGAGCCGGGGGAGCUGCACCGAGCCCUCACCGCCUCUAGAGGGCACUGYAGGCCCAGAGCGCUCUACAUCAGCAACCCUGGUAACCCCACUGGUCAUGUACAGAGCAGGAAAUCUAUAGAAUGGGUGAUUCAGUUUGCUGCAGAAGAGAGGCUCUUCCUAUUGGUCAAUGAGGUGUAUCAGGACUGUGUGUAUGGGGAGGGCAGGGAGUUUGUGUCCUAUAAGAGGGUCCUGUUUGAAAUGGGUCAGCAGUACUCUGAGAUGGUAGAGCUGGCCUCCUUUCACUCCAUAUCCAAUGGCAUCAUGGGAGAGUGUGGGCUGCGUGGGGGGUACAUGGAGCUGGUGAAUGUGGACCCAGCAGUGAUGGUGUUUGCUGAGAGCCUCCUGUGUACUGACAUCAGUACCCCCGUCACAGGACAGAUCGCCCUAGAAAUAAUGGUUAACCCUCCCAGACCUGGAGACCCCUCCCAUAGCAAGUAUACACAGGAGAUUCUGACCAAUCGGAUCACCCUGGCCCAGAAUGCUCAGCGGGCUUGGGAGUUUCUGAUUGGUCUUCCGGGGGUGAGCUGUCAGCCAGUGAUGGGAGGUAUUUUUAUCUACCCCCGUCUGAGCCUUCCCCCUGAGGCAGUGGAACAGGCCAAGUCUGACGGACUGGAGACAGACGUGCUAUACAGUCAGAGCCUACUCGAUGAGGAGGGUGUGUGUGUGGGAGCAGGGUGUGAGCAUGGGCGGAGAGAGGACAAAUACCACAUCAGACUGUGCGUGCUGACCCCCUCUGCCACUCUAGAGAAGGUCCUGGCACGCCUUGGCUCGUUCCACCUGCACUUCCUGGACGAGUUCUCCCAGCAUGCUUAGGGACCGAGAGCUACAGUCUGCCACAGACAUCUCCAGGACAGGGAACUGGACGUUCUGAACACAUACUACUGGACAUCUACCAAAGAGAGAAACGAAGGCCCUAUAAAUUAUUGAUCAUGGGGAGCCUCUGAGUAAACAUAUGUAGUAGGUCUGGACUCUAUUUUGCAUAAAGUAAAAAAUUGUCACACAGCUUAGUUAAUUUUUUGAUUUAUGUUAUUUUCACUGCAUCAGGGAUAUCAUACACAGAUGUUUCUGCUUUACAGCCUUCAGUUUGUUGGUAGGUGCCUCUGAGUAGCAAAACGCAGGUUGGCGAUUUAUUGUCAUGAGUCUUGCCCUGAAGGUAGAACUGAGCGGUUUCCGCUAGCUGGGCCAGAGACAAUUUUGACUUUGCAGAUCACAAAAUUAUCUUUUUAAUCUUAAUUUAUGUAUAGGGUUACGCAUUAGUUAGCAGUGUGGGUUAGGUUUAACAUCUGAUUUUAGGACUUUGUGGCUGUGCCAGCUAGUGACUGCUGUGCCAGCCAGUGACCACUCCRCAGAGCUGAUUCCAGGGCAAAACUCAUGACAAUAACAGUAACUGUAAGAACUAAAUUCCUUGACAUUUUGUGUUUGAGGUUCACAUGCAUGAUAUGCAUGUAUGGAAACACAGAAAUAAAUUUCCAAAACAAAA